AUGGAUCCGGCCGAUAUGUUCUCCUUUCUGGUAACAUGGAUAGCACCUCGGGCCAUUGUUGUGCAUCCGUACAAAGGUUACAACAUCUUUUGGAGUGAUUGGGGUGUACCACCAAAGAUAGAACGGGCAGCUCUGGAUGGCUCAAACCGAAUUGUCCUGGUCAAUGCGUCAGUACAGCUAGUGAAUGACCUGGCCAUUGACUUUGAAGAAGACAAACUCUACUGGUGUGACUCGCGCACCGACACAAUUGAGAGGAUCAACUUGGAUGGCACGGGACGUGAGACUGUCUUCCCAACACCUUCGGGAAAAGAGGAGGAAGACAUAGAGGACUCACAUCGUCCUCUCCAGAACCCUUUCUCGCUUGCAGUUCAUGGCAGUUAUGUCUACUGGGCUGACACCCAUCGUGAAGAUGGAUCUAUUUUCCGUGUCAAAAAGCACGACCCAGGCCUUGAGGAAAUGCUGGUGAACCACUUGACAGAUUCAAUCAAGGAUCUGCAAGUUUUCCACACACGACCGAAGCAAGAGACAAACAACCCAUGCAGUGUGGGCAAUGGAGGGUGCCAGGAGCUGUGCCUGUACAAGGGAGACAAUGGCCACACCUGUGCUUGCUCCCAUGGCCGAGUGGCUCCUGAUGGACGAACUUGCCAAGAUUACGAAGCCUUUGUCAUGUUCUCGAGGGUGCGCACUAUAGACAGCAUUCACAUGAUGGACGAGACGAAUCUGAAUGCACCAUUUCCAAGUAUCUCCAGUUCGGAGUUUAUGCGCAACAUCAUUGGCCUUGCCUUUGACUACUCUGAGCGCCGCAUCUUCUACUCAGACAUCCAGCGGGGUAGCAUCAACAGCGUUCACUUCAAUGGCUCUGGCCACACCGUUCUUGUACAAAAGCAAGGCUCAGUUGAAGGACUUGCGUAUGAGCCUGUGAACAAUGAACUCUACUGGACCAGCCACAGGGAUGCCUCUGUCGGCCGAGUCAGCCUGUCCGACCCCACUGCCCUUCCUGAAAAGAUUGUCAAGCUUGGCACUGAAGACAAGCCUCGAGGCAUUGUCGUCAGCAGCUGCAUCAAGCGGGUAUUCUGGACCAAUUGGAACAGCCACCACCCAAGCAUCCAAAAGUCAUACCUCAACGGCUACGAGCUGGAGUCAGUCAUCACGACCGACAUUCGCAUGCCCAAUGGCAUCGCCAUUGAUCACCAGCUGCAGAAGUUGUACUGGUCUGACGCACGACUUGACAAAAUUGAACGCUGUGACUUCAAUGGUGGGGAUCGUCACGUGUUGCUGAGCGAGCACCCGCAGCAUCCUUUCGACUUGGCCGUAUAUGGGGACUUUGUGUUCUGGACCGACUGGGUGGCGCACGCUGUGCUGCGUGCCAACAAGCAUACAGGAGCCGACGUUGUGGUGCUGCGCAAGAAUGUUGUGCGACCUAUGGGCAUCAUUGCUGUGGCCAAUGACACCAAUGACUGCACAUUAAGCCCCUGUUCCACGCUGAAUGGUGGCUGCGAAGACCAGUGUGUGGUUGCCACAAAUGGUACCAUCUACUGUCAGUGCUUCCCUGGAAGAUCUCUGAUGCCAGAUGGGAGGCGUUGUGCAGUCAAGAUCGCCAACUGUACCAGUGCAGAGUUCCAGUGUGGAGAUGGGGCCUGCAUUCCUUUUGAGCUUGCCUGUGAUGGUGUCCAGGCUUGUCCUGAUGGCUCUGAUGAAAAUGUCAUUGACUGUGCCAUGUUGACCUGCCCGGAAGGUUUCUACAGAUGCCACAAUGGGCGUUGCGUGACCAAGAGCCGUGUCUGUGAUGGCUUGGAUGCAUGUGGCGAUUACAGUGAUGAGCUGAACUGUACUUGCAAGGGUGAUCAGUUCAAGUGUGCUCGGGGCCCCUGCAUUCCAUCCAACUUUGUGUGUGACUUUGAGCCCGAAUGCCCCGACGCCAGUGAUGAAAUCAACUGCCCUAAGCCAGACUGCACCAGACACCCGAUGACCUUGCACCCAAACUUGCUUCUUGUGAACUGCGAGAGAACAACUGCAUGCAUUCACCUGGGUUGGAUAUGUGAUGGCCAGAACGACUGUUGGGACUUCUCGGAUGAAGAGAACUGCCAGACCACCACACCGCAAGUGUCGUGUCCUGCUAUGUCCUUCCGCUGCCUGACCGGUUUGUGCAUUCCGGACUCCUGGCGUUGUGAUCGGGAUAUGGAUUGCGAUAGGAUGGUCACAAUGGUUCACUUAGCUCAGACGAGAAGGGCUGUGCGAGAAAGCACCGGAGCACGUUCAGAAGAAGACCGGAGCUUCACGUCCGCCGCUAGCCCGUUGCCCUUGUGA